AUGAGAAACCAAAUAUAAAUUAGCCUCUGCACGGCUUUGAUUUUUUCAUUUACUACUAUUUCUUCCGUAUCUUCAGCAAUUAUUUCUUCUUAGGAAGGAGAAAUUUAAUUUCUAGACUCUCAUGAUCAAGUUAUAAAGUUAUAUAAGUAAGUAUUUUUUAACUCUCAUUUCGACGCAAAUAAAAAUGAUUUAGACACAUCUAUAAACUCUCCUAAUCCUAAAAAUCCUAUUAAAUGUUUCACCUAGAUAGUCCAUAUUGGAAGUGAUUAGGUUUCAGAUAAGGGUAUUGCGAUUCAAACAUAUGCAACAUUUAUUACAAAUGAUUCAUUUUAUGUUGUUUACGAUACAUAUAACUCUCCUACUCGUAUAUCUAGUUUAACAGUGAGAUGGACAUGCUUUAAAUCUGAUGAUGUUUACUUGUUUGAUUUUUAGUACGACUCUGAUCAGUAAGAAGGUCAAAAAUACAAGCAAUUAGAAUAUUUAGCAUCAAAUGGAACAUAAUUAGGCAUAUCAAGCUUAGGUGCUUUAUCUAACUUAGCUACCAGCUUUUUAGCUUCAGGUUUUUCUAUAACUUCUUCAUCAAAUAUUUAAUUAAAUGUAAAAAUCGUCUAAAAUGCAAGUAUUAUAUAAGCUGUAUUGGCAGGAGAUAAUUUGUAGUAAAUUAAUAAAGUUUAUGGCAAGAUAUUAGUUUCUAGUAAAGAUAAUUGCUCGUUAGUUAGCAUUUCUCAUCCAAGCUCUUCAGAUAUUGUAUCUUAAAUACACGGAGAUUUUGAUACAUUUACUACAAAGCACUAUACUUCUAUUUAUGGAAUCGGAGGAUUUAGUCUUAAUCAAAUUUAAAUCAGUUCUUUUAGCUUUGAUUUAUAAAAUUAUUCUGUGAAUUAUUCUGGAGGUAGUGUAAAAGGAGUGUUAGUCUAGUAGAAUGGAUAAGUAGAUUAUUCUAAUAUCGUUUGUAAAAUUGAUGACUUAAGUAUUAAUGAUUCUCCUGUGGAUAUACUAGUAGGAUCGCUUACAAUUAUUUUUGGAAUAAUUAUUUAUCUCUCAACAACUCUUUUAUAUAUGAAAAAGAAAAAAGAGCAUAUAAUUUUAGAUGACUAACAUGCUCAUUAAGUUUAUACUGACCAUGAUCAUAGUCAUACACACCAUCCUAUAGCUUAAAAACUUUGA